GCUUCUUCCAUCUUCACCGCCGUGAUGGUUGUGCUUCCCGCCAAAAUCCCAUGGCGGAGCCGUCCUAUCCUGCGCACACCAAGCCUUAUCGUACGCACCUCUAAGUCCAUCACAGCUGCAAGGCGCUUCAUCUCAACUCCUCUCGGAGCUGCACCUCCUCGUAAAUACGUGUAUCCCGAUCCAAUCCCUGAAUUCGCUGCUGCGGAGACGGAGAAGUUCAAAUCGGAGCUAUCCAAUAGACUGUGGAAGGAGAAUGAGACUUUUAGUUCUCGAAACGAGCUUGAUGCCGUUGUCAGUGUCUGUGCAGAGGUAAAGAUUUUUAGCAAAUUCUUGCACGAUGAAUAUGGAGGCCCCGGGACAUUAUUAGUUGAGCCUUUCACAGAUAUGUUUGUUGCGCUCAAAGGAAGGAAACUCCCCGGGGCAUCCUUGGCUGCACGAGCAUCCCUAUUAUGGGCUCAAAAGUAUGUUGAUCAAGACUGGGAAAUUUGGAACUCAAAACAUCCAACAUAGCAAUGAUCACUUCUUGAUUGCAUUUAUGUAUCAACUAUCAACACUGAUCUUCAUUUUGUAAGUACAUUUCUGAUUUUCUGCCCAAACUAGAAUCAGGAAAACUGUGGAACCCAACUUGUUUCUUAACUGCUAUGAUUUCUUCUUUUCGAACUAUACAGAUGCAUUAUUACUCAAACAUCACCCGGAUCUCAAGCUGCACCUGUUCUUGAUCAGCUUACAGAUUCUAAAAUGCUCUGCAAUGAUGGCCGCCACGAUUUAGUCCUUGCAAUUGGCUGCCCAGAUCUCUGCCGAUGUCUUGUAUCCUGAAAACGAUAGAAAAUCAUAGAAUUAGUAAAAAUUUCUUGUCUGGAAACUAUAAUCUGUUCUGAUUUUAAUCUUGUUGGCCUGCAA